CAUUGCCUCAUUUACCAGCCAACAAAGGAAAUGAAAGUUGUCCAAAUUUUUGUAUAAAUUAUGGUUUUAGGGCAAUUUUAGAUUAUGCACAUCAAAAUAUUGAAGUCUACCAACGCAUGGAAAUAUUUUUAAUCGGAUACGUACAAAACUUUUGGUUGGUUCAAGUUGGACCUGAAUUAAUAACUGUGUUUUCCAGCGAAAUAAGGACAAAUAAUUACUUGGAAUCAUUCCACAAUCAACUGCUCAGAUUUUUUGGGAUGCAUCCCAACAUCUGGGACUUUAUACAGAAACUGAGAAUUUUGGAAAACCAGUAUUAUGUGGAGAUGUUUCAAGCCAGACAAAAUCUUACGAUCCGGGAUCAAACUUCCAGAGGGGAACGUGCUGUAAACACAGCGCUAAUAAGACGAGCUAUUGAACAGCUCAAUGAAGAUAAUGAUGUAUUGAGAUGUCUCAGAAGCAUGGGUCAAGCUAAUGCUGAUUACUUAAGACGCCAAAUCGGUCCACCUCCAUCACCAUAGCCUCCAUUCUAUAUUUUUUUACAUUAUUUUUACAAAUUAAUUAUUUUUUAACGAUUUAUUUGACAAACAACCAACAAUGAUUACUUUUUACAUUAUUUUUACACAAUUU